GCUCGUGGCGGUUGUGUGGAGAGAAAGCGGCUAGCGCGGCGCCGCUCUAGGUACGUUGGGGCCGGGCGAGAGCUCGGCGCGAGCGGCGGUGGGCCGGGACGGCGGUUUCUCAGGCGCCGCGUGCCUCUCUGAGGGCCGGCUCCGGGAAGGUUCGGAGCGCCGCGCGAGCCGGGCGGUUGCGGCAGGGUUGACUCAGAGGUGUCCGCGGAGUCGCUGGGGCUCCGACCCGGCCGGGAAGACGGCGGCGAAGGGUGAAAGGACGCGUCUCCACCCGCUGUCGGAGCGGGUGGCGGGCGGCGGCUCGUGCGAGUUGGGGCCGCGGAGGGCCGUUGCCUCGGGGUUUGGUACUCGCGGAGUAACCAGUAAAUGACCGGAGACAUAACUAUUUGCAAAACAAAUGGGGAAGAACAUUCAAGAUAAAGAUAAUUUGUGUCACAGGAAAGCUAUUGAAAAUACAAAAAUGAAACGUCUGGCUGAAGGACUAAUUACACUGAAUUCAACUCUUGUGAAUCUUAUCUGCAGAUUUGUACAGACUACAUCCAGAGAUUGACUUCUGCCUCAACAGAAAUGCAUGAACAGUAUCUUAUUGGAAAUGAUUUGCGUCUUUUAAGAACUGGUGUAUCUAGAUGUGAUGAAAACAUGUAUAGGGUAUAGAAAAGAGCUAAAUCCUUACCUGAUAUGAAAGAUGGCGAGUCCAGAUAGAAGUAAACGGAAGAUUUUAAAAGCCAAAAAAACAAUGCCUGCAAGUUGCCGGAAGCAAGCAAAGAUCCUCAAUAAGUUAAAGAAUGCUGAAGCACUAAAAACAGCAGCAAUUGGGAGUAAUGUGUCAAGUGGUAAUCAGAAUUCAAGUACUGGUGUCAUAAGUAGCAAAUGUGGACAUUCUGAAAAUGAUACUUCCUCAUUGGACUCUUUCAAAAAUUCAGUAUGUGCCCCAAAAAGUAAAGUAUUUUCUCAGAAUUUAAUAAAACCACUAGAAAUUGUUGAUUCAGAAACAAGAUUGGAAUACACUGAAGAACAAGUUGUGUACCCUUAUGAGAAGCCAAGUAAAACAAUAGAAUCUCCCAGGAAACUCUUUACACAAAAGGCAAAGGAUUCACAAAACACUUCUGAAAACCAUCUUGAAUGUCAGGCAAGUGUAACAAGAUCCUUUUUUGAACAUGAAGAGGAUUGUAAUCUGAAAUCCAUUUGCUGUCCAUCCAGUGUAUUGAGUGGUGUAGGUCAAAUGUCAAAGUCUACAAUAACCAAUACCUUGGAUGAUAAGAGAAUUGACAAGAUAGUUUCCUAUUUAGAAACAAACUCCAAUUCUGAGUUACAUGAUAAAAGGCAAAAAGACAUUUUAAGUUCAGAUACCCAUUUUGUGCCUGUUGAUAAAACACCUAAGUUGGUGAGUUCAGUCAUUUCCAGUAACUUUGCUGCUGACAUUUUGAAAAGUGAAGAAUCCUGUAGAACCUGUCAUUCCAGCAUUUUAAGUUGUGAAAUUACAGAUGCAAAGUGGCUGUCCUCACUUGACACUGAUAGUAAUGACAGCCAUAAUCAGAAGAAGAGGAUGUUUUCAGAAAACAAGGAAAAUGUUAAGCGUGUGAAAACUUCAGAGCAAAUUAAUGAAAAUAUUUCUGUAGCUCUGGAAAAGCAAACAGCAUUGCUGGAACAGGUCAAACAUUUGAUUCGACAGGAGAUCUGUAGUAUAAAUUACAAACUAUUUGAUAACAAACUGAAAGAAUUGACUGAACGCAUUGGGAAGACACAGUGCAGGAAUAAACAUGAAGCAAUAGCUGAUGAACUCUUCGCAAGAAUAGCAAAAGUUCAAAGACGUAUUAAAACAGCAGCGUCAUCUCACAGCAAUUGUGCAGAAUCAAACGCGGUAUCCAGCAGUACAGCUUGUAAGGUUGCAAAUUCAGAGACUAUGAACUUGGAUCAGAAUCCAGAGUCAGUUAAUAGUCCACAGGAAAGAAAAACUUCUGUGAAUUCUGAACCUUCUCACCCUUCAGGAAAAGCAAGUGAAAAGAUUAAUUUGUCACGGGAACAUAAUGAGGCUGUUUCUAAAAGUAACGAUGAUGUCAUGUUGAUUUCUGCGGAAAAUCCUAAUUUGACAACUCCAAUUACAUCAAAUCUAACAGAUACUGGAAAAAUUACAUCAGGAAAUUCUAACAAUUCACCUGGUACUGAAACUGAAGCUAUGGCUGUAGAGAAGAAGAAGCUUGAUUCUGUGAUUGAUCUGACAAAAGAAGGGCUGUCAAACUGCAACACAGAAAGUCGAGUAUCCACCCUUGAGUCACCUACGAAAGCUAUUUCAGUCUCAAAAGAGACAACCCCAGUGGCACAAAAUGCAGCCCAGGUUCUUGAGUCCUUUGAGCACCUGCCACCUCUUCCAGAACCACCACCACUACUACCCGAACUGGUAGACAAAGUGCGAGACACACUUCCUCCUCAGAAGCCUGAGCUCAAAGUAAAACGAGUGCUGAGACCCAGGGGCAUUGCCCUGACUUGGAACAUCACCAAAAUCAAUCCUAAGUGUGCCCCCGUGGAAAGCUACCACCUCUUCCUGUGCCAUGAGAACCCUGGUAAUAAGCUGAUCUGGAAGAAAAUUGGAGAAAUUAAAGCUUUACCACUCCCAAUGGCCUGUACUUUAUCUCAGUUUUUAGCUUCCAACAAAUAUUAUUUUACUGUCCAAUCAAAAGACAUUUUUGGGCGAUAUGGACCAUUUUGUGAUAUAAAAUCUAUUCCUGGGUUUUCUGAAAAUCUUACCUAAAAGUAAGAAAAGUAUUUGCUAACUGUAUAUUGUACUACAUUUUGUUUUGUUUUUUUCAUAUUUGAGUUGUUUGUUUACAAUGUUUCUCUAACACUAUUCGAUGUCUUAAAGGGCCAGUUCAGAUUGUGAACCCUUUUUAUACAGGGACAGUCCUCUUCCCUAUGUUGUAAGUGGCCUCUAGUUUCGUGAAUUUCUGAUUUGCAUUCAAUAAGUAUUUCUGAUGGAUAUGUUCUAAGGCAUACACUAUCAUGAACCCAUGUCACUAAGCUGUGUUAGGUACAAUACAUCUGGUGACUGUGGAGCUGCUGCUUCUAUCAGAAGCCCUAGGAUGCAAGCAGCCACCAUUUCCUUGUUGACAGUCAGCUUUUGGUGACCUGCUUGUGGUCAGUUAUAGGUACAGGAAAGUUCAGUUCUUUACUGAGGCCAGAUCAUCCCUGGGGUGCAUCUCCACCCAGAUUUUAUGAAAAUAGAUGUCUUCCAAAUUCUGUUCAGAUUCUAAGGGCUAUUAAUUUGUGCCCCUUCCCAACUCCCUCCUUUUGUUUUGGGCCAUGUCAAUCAUUUGGGGAAAUAAUCUAGAGGUUUUCCCUAAAUUAGUUUGUAUACUUUACAUAUAUAAUAAUAUUAGUUAAACAUUGUGUGCUGUGUACACAAAAAAUAUAGUAUCUCUUGUAAAAUAAAAAAGUAUUCAACCUGUAUUUCAGUUGAGGAAAAUGGAGUUGUCUGCCUUAGAUUUAAGGCUUUAAUUUGCUGAUUCCCCAGUGUGACCCUUUGCUCAUUUCCUGGCUACUGUCAUUACUUAGAGAAAGAACAUAACACUGAGGGGCUCCCACAGAUGUAUCCUGCCUACCUCUAUCUGAGGGAACACUGAUGCGAGCUGUGGCUCCUACAGGUAGCCCAAGAAACUCGACAGAUGAGCACACUGGAUAAGUGUAAGUCAGGACCCAAUGGGACAAACUGUGGAUAAGUAGUGCCAGGACAUGGGGAAAACAGAAAAACAACUGUUAGUGCAGAAGUCUGUUCAAGAGAGGCAUUCUUUCCUGGUACAUAGUGAAAGUUCAGGCCUCAGAGGCUCUGAGAUUUAAAAAAUUGAACAGGGAUUGGCUUUCCUUGGCAUUUUGUGAAUGCUGUCACAUCUUUGGUCAUAA